AUGUCCGCCAUUCAGCUUUCGUUCUCUCUCCGUGUUUCUUCCGGCGUCAAGACCGUCCAUCUUCUUGGUUCCUGGGACAACUACGCCGGCCAGCUCCCCCUCUCCAAGGACAAGACCUCGUCCAAGUCCGGCUCGUGGAAGGGCACCUUCCGCUUCCAGCCCGCUCUUGUCCAGCCCGGUCAGCGCUACUGGUACUACUACAUCAUCGAUGGCUACCACGUCUCCCACAACCCCUCCGAGGAGUCCACUGUUGAGCCCACCACCGGCCGCUCCCUGAACAUCCUCGACGUUCCCAAGUCUUCUUCCUCCUCCAAGAGCUCCUCCCGCCACUCCCGCGACUCCGUCAAGUCCUCCAAGCGCGAGUCCCUCUCCGUCGACAUCCCCAAGGGUCGCCCUCUCUCCGUGUCCCAGAUCAAGGCUCCCAAGCCCAUGUCUCCCCACGCCACCCGCCACAUCCUCGAUGCCGACUACAACAUCGACGAGCUCUCCAGCCGCUUUGCCACCACUGGCAUCUACGACGAGUACGAUGAGGACGUCAUCACCGACUUCGACAUGCGCUCCUCCCCCGUCUCCUCCACCGGCUCUUCCGUCAGCUACCGCUCCGACAGCUCCAGCCCCAGCUCUACCCUCUCCGGUUACUCCACUCCCGCUUCCGACUGCUCCAGCUGCAUCUGCGAGCGCUACGGCAUCACCCGCAAGGGCGAGCGCGUCCGUCUCGACUGCGGUGGCUCCCGCUGCGGCUACGAGGACUCCUGCUCCUCCGAGGAUGAGGAGAACUACGUUGAGCGCAGCUCUCGCCGCAACGGCAUCGUCGUCCGUGCUUAA